GGACGCGGCAUCUGAAAAGAUCGAAGCGCGAGAGAACUGAGAGAACCUCUUCUAUUUAGUAACGUUGAGUGAUGGCGGCGUACAUAGGACAUGUGUUAUCGACCGCUGGUUCGAAUUUUUCCAAAAUACUAUGGAAUUCUUCCAAAAUAUUAACGGUCCCUGUCCGUUCCAAGAGUGGUUGUACCAAAAAAGUAAAGAAAAAUCCGAAAAAUUACAUAAGGAAAGCAGGGUUUCAACCAAAAGUUGACUCGUUGCAAUCCAGAGGAUUUUUACGAAACCUUCCUCCUUACAAUCCACCGCAAGGUGUGACAAAUGAAAUACGUGAAAUUUUCAACGAAGUGGUUGGAACCUCUGAAUUGAGUCAUCAGUUGGAUACUGAUCAGAAAUACAAGUUGCUGGUGAAAUGUAGCGACACGUUUGGUCAUUCUGUACCGAAUUCCAAUUUGUAUAAAAUGAAAACUUUGGGUGAUGUAUUCGAAUUCUACCAUACACCUUGUACCAAUGUAACUCCAUAUGAAAAUUUAAAAGAUAUGGACCUUCCUCCGAAUCUUCAUAUUAUUCAAGAUUAUAUGAGAUUUCAUCCUGAUACUGACACGAUGUUUGGUGGUGUAACUGCGUUUCCUAAAAGUUCUACUAUGGUUACUGGUUUAAAUUAUAAGAAAAAAUACAAGGGUCAUACUCAAGAAUCACCAUGGGGUGAUAUUUAAAUUUUUAACAAUUUGAAUGAAUGUAGUUGGAUUUAUUUUAUAAUGUGUUUAUAUUUCUUGUUACUUAAUAAAAAAAGUCUUAUUGAUUUCA